GGAGGGGUUCCUGAAGUUAAGGGGACUGCAAGUGUCCAACACAUACAAUCAAUGACAGCGCUGCCUGCGAAAGAGAACUCAAGGGUGACUGGAGCACAAGACAUAAUGUCCCAACCGUUUUGGAAGUAACAAACACAACAGCCUGUAGCCUACAAACUUCGUCGUCCAUAUUAAAAUAUCCUCCCGCGAUUUAAAGCUGUUUUGGGGGCUAAUUCCAGACAUUUGAGGUGAUCUGAGCACUCGUAUCAUGGAGUACACAUCUUCCCCAAAACCUCAGCUCUCUUCCAGGGCGAACGCAUUCUCAAUAGCCGCUCUCAUGUCAAGUGGAAAAUCGAAGGACAAGGAAUCGGAGGAAAACACCAUCAAGCCUUUGGAACAAUUCGUAGAAAAGUCGUCAUGCAGUCAAAACCUCGGUGACCUGCCUUCUCUGGAAACCCACGGCGAGUUCAGCAGCAGCGCGCCUCCGUUAUGUACCGAGCCGCUCAUUCCUACGACCCCCGGCGUGCCCAGCGAGGAGAUGGCCAAGAUCUCCUGCAGUCUCGAGACGAAAGAACUGUGGGACAAAUUUCACGAACUCGGCACAGAAAUGAUUAUCACUAAAUCUGGAAGGCGAAUGUUUCCAACUAUUCGCGUAUCAUUUUCCGGAGUGGAUCCGGACGCCAAAUAUAUUGUGCUAAUGGACAUUGUCCCAGUAGACAAUAAAAGAUAUCGAUACGCCUACCACAGAUCAUCGUGGCUUGUUGCAGGAAAGGCAGAUCCACCUUUACCUGCAAGGUUGUACGUGCAUCCAGAUUCACCUUUUACGGGAGAACAGCUGUUAAAACAAAUGGUUUCUUUCGAAAAAGUCAAGCUUACAAACAACGAACUGGACCAGCACGGACACAUUAUCCUGAACUCCAUGCACAAGUACCAGCCUCGAGUUCAUAUCAUCAAGAAGAAAGAUCACACAGCCUCGCUUCUUAAUCUGAAGUCUGAGGAGUUUCGUACAUUUGUCUUCACUGAGACAGUUUUUACUGCAGUCACAGCUUACCAAAAUCAGCUGAUAACUAAACUGAAGAUUGACAGCAACCCUUUUGCAAAAGGCUUCAGGGAUUCCUCGAGACUUACGGACAUUGAGAGUAGGGAAAGUGUUGAGAGCUUGAUCCACAAGCACUCUUAUGCCCGGUCACCCAUUCGGACUUACGCUGGUGAAGAGGAGACUUUGGGUGAAGAUGGUCUCUCGGCACACAGUAGAGGUUCUGCUUUCACUGCAUCAGACAACCUCUCCCUUAGUUCUUGGGUCACCACCACGUCUGGUUUUUCUGGCUUUCAGCACCCUCAGUCACUGUCUGCCAUCGGAACCAGCACAGCCUCAUUGGGCAGUCCUCUUCCUCACACCAUCCAGGGCUCUCUAUCCCCUUACAGUCGACUGGGCAUGCCUCUCACUCCCUCUGCCCUGGCCGGCACCAUGCAGGGCAGUGGGCCUACCUUCCCCUCCUUCCACAUGCCACGUUACCACCACUAUUUCCAGCAAGGGCCGUACGCUGCCAUCCAGGGACUGCGCCAUUCUUCCACAGUCAUGACCCCGUUCGUAUGAUUCCUACUACUUUAGAAUAGCUCAGCCUGAUAAGAUUUUCCUAGUGCUGGCAUGUGAAGACCUAAAGCACCUAUACACAAGCAAACACGCGGUUAUACGAAGCCCUGUUCGCCACAUGUAAAUAAAAACUGUCACGACAUUACCUAAUGACCCGGACACUCUGCUUGGUGCAGCUGUACUGGAGAAAAAGAAAAAAAGAGUGAACAGAAAAAAAGGCCCAAUGGACAGGGAUUUGUGUUAACCAAAACCUCAAGCAUGAGUUUUUAGCAUAGAUAAGACAUGGAGAUGGAAAGAUCUGUCUUCAUCUGUAGACAUGUUUAUGCUACCUUUAAUGAUUCAUCUCACGCCUUUAUCGCUCCUUUUUACGUUAAGAAAAAAGGAAAACCCGGCCAGAGCCAAAUGAGGAAGAACCAUGCCAACUGUAAUGUGCUGAACAUAACAAGGGCGAACACUGGACAACUGCUGUUUCUCAUUCCCAAUGAUCCAUCACCUCUUUAAUGAUAAGAUAUCUGCAGAGCAGCCCAAGCGCUCGGUCCUCCCGUCCAAAUUGUCGACACUAGAGGGCGCUGUGUUGUCAGAACACGGACAAAAACCUUUAAACAUGGACUCAACAGGAUGUAAAAAAAUUUGUUCAGGCCAUCGAUGGUUUGAUCUUUAUAGUCAGAUAAGUACAAUUCUCUUUUAAAUGUUGCAUCAAGCAAUUGUAUCUAUCUUGUUUAGUUUGAUAGCACAAAAACUAUUUAGUUGUUGCUAUUCUGUAACUCACAAAGGAUUACCACAACAUAAACUAUACAUUAUAGUAAAUUAUUUCAGAUAUUUGACAAUGUGGAGAGGGCAAAAUGCAAUGUACACUGUAAACCAUAAUGCGUUAGCAGAACUAAAAUAAUUAGGCAAUCAUAAAUGUUUUUAAGUUAAUAGAACUUUUUGAUUUUGUACUUCAUGUGCAUGUUAAUUGCUCUUAUCUUAAAAUAUUGAGUAAGCUAACUCAUACAUUUUAAUGGUACUUUAAUAUAACUCUUUGGCUAAACUUAAAAUGACCAUAUAACCUCAAAUGAAAUACUUUAAGGUAUUUCAAUGAGUUUUUAAUUAGGAAAUACCUUAUUACCUACUAGCUAGAACUGGCUAGUACAGUGAAUGCUAGCAUGCUAAUUGGAAAGUACCAUGCUUUGAUUGGCUUGGCAAUUGCUCAAUGAGUAACACUUUAUACUGCAGGCAAUUUAAGCUGAACUUGUCCUCAACCUCAGCUCAAGCUUCACUAUUCACCAUAAUGGUAACCCCCAAAACUUAAACAUAACAGAAAGCCUUCUAAAUAACUCAACACAACAAAACAUGAAACAUUAACAAGUCUCCCCUUUAUAUUCAUCUUGCACAAAGACAUUAUAUAACAUUUAAUUUUAACAUUUAUUCUCACUGUUGAGUGCCAUGCAAAGCAUGCUGGAAAAUAUGGACAUUCCUGUAAAUAUAAGUUCAUUAAACUCAAAACAAUAAAACAAUUCAGGUUAAAAGGUGUAUGUUUUGUGAACUCAAAAGAAAGAGUACGUUUUAAAUACUCAAAGGUUAAUUUGUAUUAUAAUUUGUAUUAUUUUGAGCAUUAGGUUUACAGUGUAUUUGAUGGCAUAUGUCAUUUCUAUU